UCCUUACACAAACAAGUCAAAUGUUCUAAACUUACAGCCUUGCUCCUCUCACUCGCAAAGCUUGUAUGGGUGGAGUCAGGCGCAUUUCAAGGGUAUGAAUCACAGCUGGUUGGUGUGUUUGUGUGUUGUACGGAUGCCCCAGAAUGUGGGUCAAACCCAGUAGGUCUGCUCUUUAAGAGCCCGCCUCCCCCGCAGUCUGACAGCAGUCCUCACUGGGCCUGAGCUGGAGAUACAAACAGGAAUCUCUCCUCACCUGCUCAUCGGGAAUUCUCAGGUCAUCACAAACAUUGUGGACAUCUUCAUGGAAUAUGCUGACGAUGGAGGCAAGAAACGUCAGUUAAACAAAGAUGAGCUCAAGAAAAUGCUUGAGCAAGAAAUACAAAGCCCUGAGUUGAAGAGCAACAUCAAUGCAGACGACAUUGAAGAGGCCAUGGAGAUGCUGGACAAAAAUCACGACGGUGAGGUGAACUUCCGCGAGUUUUGUCGGUGUAUCUCCGUCCUUGCUAAAUGCUACUACCACAAGAAGACAGGCAAGGGAGGGAAGAGAGGCAAGGCCAAAGAACAGGGGGCAGAAGAAGAAGGAUGAGGGGGAUAAAACAUGCUAUGAAGUAUAUGUUUGUGCAAGAAAUGUCUCUGUUAUUUUAAUAAAGUGUGCUCAAAAUAAAUAAAAUGUGUGUGGCUGUUG